AUGUGGGGAGACGCUCCUCGCAGAUAUGCCGAAUUGCAUCGGAAGUACGGCCCAAUUGUUCAGACAGGUCCAUACCACGUCUCAAUUUCUGAGUCUCGUUGGAUACCAGUCGUCUAUGACUCUAAACAUCAGUUCCGAAAGGGCAAGUUUUAUGAUGUAUUCCGUCCACUUUACAAAGGCAAGCCGCUGGAUACGGUCUUCACCACCUCGGACCCAGCACUCAACAAGCAUCUCAAACACACGCUUCUCGUGAAUCUGCUGAAUAAGCCCCAACUAUUUUCCAAAGAGAUUGACUACAGCGUGGACGUCUUCAUAGAACAAACUAAAGCAGCCAAAGGGGACUCGAUUGACUUCUCAAGUUGGACCUUUUACUGGGCCUUCGAUAUGACGUACGCGCUGGUCUUUGGAGACCACUUUGGAUAUAUGGCGUCGAGGAAGGACUUCAAUGGAAUGGUUUCCUCGUUCAAAACAAUUGUCCGUUCCGCCGCAGUCCUCGGCCAGGUUCCCCAGUGGUGUCCGGCAACUCUAGCCAAUAAAACCUUCAUGGGAUUCUGUCGCAGUUUUCGCAGUUUUCCAGACCCUACCAUCCAACUUCUUGAGGAGAUUGAAAGGAAAAUUCACAAUCACGACACGCAAUCGCACUCGUGUGGCAACUCACUCCUUUGCCGCGUGCUCUCAGACGGUAAACACAAGCUUGAAGAGAACGCGUACGACGAGGCAGUGAAUGUGCUCUUUGAGGCAUUUCUUGCUGCGGCGGGGGAGGUAGCGGUCAGCCUAACGACCAUCAUUUAUUGUCUUCUCAAGGAUCAAAGGGUCUACACCAAGUUAGCAAAAAUCGUGCGCUCUAAUACAGAUGCCGAUCACACCUAUGUGAGCGUCAGGCUAAUUACCCGAAUCAGAAAUGCUGUCAUAAAAGAGGCCCUGAGGGUUCACACCUCGAACAGCCCUCCUAUCGAGAGAGUGGUGCCCGCCGGAGGUCUGAAUGUCGAUGGAUAUUUCGUUAAAGAAGGAACUGUGCUUGGGAUACCUCAAUAUCUAGCGCACAGAGAUCAAGCAGUAUUCGGAGCGGAUGCCGAGCACUUCCGUCCGGAGCGCUGGCUUGAAGCAGACGCGGCUACUGUCAAAUCCAUGGACCAGAAUUUUAUGACAUUUGGCAAAGGGUGCCGCGGUUGCGUGGGCCGAGAACUCGCCAUGAUGGAAAUGCGCGCCUUCGUUUUUAAGGUUCUAGGAGAACUUGAUGUUGAGUGGGCAUCCAGCACAAGGCCCACGACUGCUAACUAUUGGAUGAUGGAGUACUUCAAUUUCCAUGUUCGGUUCACCGAUGCGUCGUCGAUGAGAGGAAGAAGUUGA